AUGCCUAAGACGUGCCGAACGAUGGGGUCGACAUGGCCGCCUGGCACAAUCACACUCGAAGAGCUGCGACGAGCUACUGGGGACCUCCACGAAGAGGUUGAAAUCGUCUUGCACCCAAAGCCAACGAACGAUCCGAACGACCCCCUUAACUGGAAGACAUGGGAGAAGUAUCUCAAUUUUGGGUUGACGCUGCUCUACUCCCUUGCGAUCUUUGGCCUCAUAUCAGCAGCAACUCCCACAUGGUCUGCCAUGAUGGAAGAACUCGGUUUCACCAUCGAGCUUCUGAACAACGGCUAUGCGACGGGAUCCGCGGCUUUGGCAGUCGGUGCCUUGCUGUUCAUCCCUUUCGCUCUUAAGUACGGCCGACGACCGAUGUAUCUCCUCAGCUUGAUUGGACAAAUAGCUGUCAUGAUCUGGUCAGCGAAGAUGCAGAACUCUGCUGACUUGAUCUUGACCAACCUCUUCAAUUGUCUUCUGGGCGCUCUAGCCGAGGUCAUUGUCCAGAUGACAGUCGCAGAUGUAUUCUUCGUCCAUCAAAGAGGGAUGAUGAACAACCUAUACGUAUGGUGCAUGUCCAUUGGAGGAUCCCUGAUGCCGAUAGCUGCAGGUUACAUAACCGUUGACCAAGGUUGGCGCUGGCUAUGGUGGUGGCUUGCCAUCAUCCUAGGUAUCUUACUCCUCCUCUUUACCUUCCUCUACGAGGAGACCAAAUUCAUGCCUAGCAUCAACGGCAUGCCUUCUGUCGUCGCUUCUCAUGAUGUCUCCGAGGAUCGCAAGUCGACCGACCACAAGCCUCUUGAUCUAGAGCCUAUCGAUUCGAUCUUCACAACAGUGCCUCCUCUACGGAUGUCAUAUCUUCGGCGUCUGAUACCCUGGACAACAUCCGAGGGUUCCAUGCUGCAGUUGUUGCACCACACUUACCAACCAUUCCUCAUCAUGGCUACAAUCCCCGCCGUCCUCUACGUCGCGCUUCUUUACGGCCUCGUCACUGCCGCCUUCCAGGUGUCUGUGACAUUGGUAUCGACCUACUUGCCCGUCCCGCCAUACAACUUCAACGCUUCUCAAGUAGGACUGAUGAGUAUACCGGCACUUGUGGGCAACACACUCGGGACGAUCGUAAGCGCGCCUUUUGCUGACAGGCUCAUUCUGUGGCUCGCCCGGAAGAACAAUGGAAUCUAUGAGCCCGAGAUGCGUCUGUGGCUGCUACUGGCUUUCGCGCCAUUCUUCCCUGCUGGCUUGAUAAUGUUCGGAUAUGCUAUUGGUCUAGGAAUGAGCUGGCCAAUCGUUGCUGUUGGGAUUGGGAUGUUCUCGUUCGCUAUGCCGCCGAUGUGUAGUAUCAUUGCGGAUGCUGUUGUCGGUGUGACAUUUACUCGCAACUUUAUCUCGACUAUUUUCGUCUUCGCACUCACGCCGUGGGUGACGAGAGUUGGAGUCCACAAUGUCAUGUUGACAUUUGCGUUGAUAACUGUCAUUUCGCUUGCAUCCACCGGGCUGUUCAUCAAAUUCGGAAAGCAGUGGCGCAUCAAAACUGUGCGAAGGUAUCGUACGUUCGCUGAGAGGCAAAUGGAUACAAGGGACAAGUUGUAG